CACAGCUGUCCCUUGUCUUCAUUACUUGCCGAGGACUUUAGGACACCAUUAUGAGCAACUUUGGGCAGAUCUUAAAGGAGAUCGGGGAAUUUGGCUUCUUUCAGAAACGCUUGGUGGCUGCAUUAUGCAUACCCAGCAUAUUUCUGGCGUUCGAUGUGAUCGGCCAGGUGUUUACAGGUAUGAACUUCCCGCACCAGUGUAACACCGACUGGAUCUUGGAGCGGGGACCCAACCUGACUGAUGAAAGACAAAGAAACCUCACCAUACCCACUAACGGCGAGGGAAAGUUUGACAGCUGUAAAAUGUUCACACCUGUAAGUUUGGACCUGGAAACCAUUGAAAGGUACGGACUUAACGAAACAACGGGAUGCAUAAAUGGAUCAGAUUUUGAGAAGCACAGCCAUGCCUCCAGCAUCGUGACAGAGUUUGACCUCGUGUGCGACAGAAGCAGUUUCAUUGAGGCGUCUCAGUCUAUUUACAUGGCCGGUCUGCUGGUUGGAGCCUUUGUUCUGGGACAGAUGGCUGACAGGUUCGGCCGACGUUUUGUGGUCCUGCUGUCGCUCCUCAUCUUAUUUGUGUUUGGAGUAGGACUCAGUUUCUCACCCAACAUCUACGUUUACGUCGCUCUCAAGUUUGUUUGUGGCUUCUCAACAUCUGGAAUUGUUGCAAAUGCCUUUGUCAUUGGUGGAGAAUGGAGUGAUUCUUCAAAGUUUGCUCUCUGCACCAUCAUCUGCCAUGCAUUUUUUCCUCUUGGACUGAUGAUACUUUCUGGAACUGCUUUCUUCAUCCGCAACUGGAGGAUCCUGCAGAUGGUGCUCUUCAGCCCCCUUAUCCUCGUACUGGGAAUCUUCUACUGGAUUCUUCCAGAGUCAGCUCGCUGGCUCAUUACACAGGGCAGGAAGGAGGAGGCCAUAAAGGAAGUACGGAGAGCCGCUAAAGUGAACAAGAGAAGAGUGCCAGAGGAGCUGCUAGAGAAACUGGAUGGCAUGGGUGCGAACAAAAAGGGAACCAUGCUGGACAUCUUCAGGUUAUCGUACUUGAGAAAACGGGCUCUCAUCAUGAGCACUGUCUGGUUCGCGACAAGUCUGAUGUACUACGGACUAAGUCUCAAUGUUGGCAACUUUGGUCUGGAUAUUUACCUCACACAGUUCAUCUUUGGCGUAGUGGAGGUUCCUGCUCGUGUGGGUAUUUUGCCAUUCUUACAGUAUUUUGGAAGAAAAAUUUGCCAAGGAGCAGUCCUGCUGUUUGGAGGCGCGGCUUGCCUUGGCAUCCUUGUUAUACCAAAAGAUCUUCCCAUCGUGAUCACAGUUAUCGCCGUUCUGGGUAAAUUUGCAGCCACUGCCAGUUUUGCCACAGUUUACGUUUAUACAGCAGAGCUAUACCCCACCAUCCUGAGGCAGAACGGCGUGGGUCUGAACUCCAUGUGUGCCCGAGUGGCAGGAAUCCUUGCUCCCCUGAUCCGUCUCUUGGAUGUUUACCAUUACACCAUCCCCAUGCUGAUUUAUGGCAUUGUCCCCAUCGUGGCUGGAGGUCUCUGUGUGCUGCUGCCUGAAACUCGCAACGCCGAGCUGCAGGACCUUGCUGAAAACAAAAAAUCAUCUGAGGAAAUCACAGAGAAAGGAUCCUGUGCUCAAGAAGAUAAAGAAGAAAAGAGCACAAAAUUGUGAUUGUUCCUGAGGUUACUGACAUUAUGACUAUCUGAUGUAAUAGUUGUAUGUUUUUAUUGAGUUAACUGUAGAGUUUAUCAUUUGAAUUAUGUGUCACAUUUUAUUAGUUGUUACAAUCUUAAUUUUUUUUUUUUUGACAGUCCAAAGAUAAUGGGUCACUAAUAAAUUAUAGUACU